UCCUGACGUCAUUGAAACCAUUUUUUCCGUUGCGUUUAUUAUGGCCUGUUUCAGUUGGUGAAUGUUUAGAAAACUAAGUUUUCCAUAAUAUUCCAUGUGUUUUCUUUGAUAAUGGCGCCCUCAAUUGGAGUUAAUUUACGUGUAACAGGUCACUGUGAUCAGGGCGAUCGAAAGUAUAUGGAGGAUGUUUUCAGUGUUGCUUAUCAACAUACCAAAGAGGGCCAAGAUCUGGAGUAUGCUUAUUUCGGUAUAUUCGAUGGUCAUGGGGGCAAACAUGCUGCAAUUUUUGCCAAAGAACACUUGAUGGAUAACAUUGUGAGCAAUCCCUACUUUUGGUCUGAAAAUGAUGAAGAUGUGCUCAAGGCUAUUAAAGAGGGCUUCCUAACUACGCAUCAAGCAAUGUUUAAAGUUUUAGAUACAUGGCCCAAGACCAUGUCAGGGCUACCCAGUACAUCAGGAACCACAGCUAGUAUAGCUUUCAUCAGAAGAGGCAAAAUUUUUACUGGUCAUGUUGGAGAUUCAGGAAUUGUUCUUGGGUAUCAGGAUCCAGAUUCAAACGUGUGGCUUGCCCGACCCCUUACUCAAGAUCACAAACCAGAAUCAGCAAUGGAAAUUGGAAGAAUACAAGAAGCAGGAGGCAAAGUGGUUUGGAAAGCAGGAGUUCCAAGAGUUGUUUGGAAUAGACCAAAAAUUGGUCACCAAGGACCAGUUCUUAGAUCCACACACAUAGAUGAAAUCCCCUUUCUAGCUGUGGCCCGCUCGCUAGGUGAUUUAUGGAGCUUCAACUCGGCGUCAAAUCAGUUUGUUGUCUCACCUGAACCAGACGUUAACACAAUGACUAUUGAUGUUUCUCGACAUCGUUGUCUUAUUCUUGGUACUGAUGGCCUCUGGAACAUGAUUCCGCCGCAAAGGGCGGUAGAAGUGGUUCAGCACAUUGACAGGCAAAACAAAAUGCAUGCCACUCCCGAACAACCAUUGCCGUGGACGAACCCAUCCAAACGACUAGUCAAUACGGCUCUAGACUACUGGAUGAUGAAUAAGUUACGUGCAGAUAACUGUACGGCAGUGACAGCAUUGCUUGAUCCACCCGGUCCACCUCUGACAGGCCUUCUAAUGCCUGUGCGCAAACCGGAAGAUGUUGCCACAGACUCCGCGCCUACCUUACCCACUUCAGACAAGGGUAUUGAAUCGUCGAAAGAGCGCGUUCAAACACCCGAACACAAUCCAUCUGAAUUAGCCGCCCUUUUGUCUGCACCUGUUGUGAGUGAUGUUACACCAGUCCCGCCAGUUUUACUGGAAACAAGUCUACCGCUGGACACAACUCCUACGCAAGUAGCUACACCUCUUCGGGUACUGCGCAACCGGAUACCCCCAUCAGACAGCUUAGAAAAUCUGGACAACAAGUUUAGUUGUAAGAAAGCGAUACCAGCUUCAACGUCGUCCGCACCGCCGUUGGGCUCUCAGUUAGUUGGCAUUCGUAAAAAGAUGGUUACUGUGGAGCCUGCUUGUCUAUCACGAAAAAGACCGAUGACCCGAUCUCGCCUUGAUGUGGCUAGUGAAGAAAGAAAUGCCAGUGACACAGAGAAUCACAUCAACAGCAGUACUAAUAAUAGUGCAAGUAGUACUAGUAGUAGUAGUAAACGAAGUCGCAAGUCACUCCCGGUUGCAAGUUUGUCUCCAAGAAGUCACCGAAUUCUUCGAUCUGGCACCUCACCUCAAGUUGCGCGUUCAUUACGUUCCCAAGAUCCCUUAAACCUCCGAUUCGGCCCGACUAGCACUCCCAUCCACUUAAGAAGGAAGCGUUCCAGGUCUUUCACUCCCACAAAGAGAAGAAAGUAGAGGGAAAAGUUUUUUCGGGGAAGAAAUUGAGAAACACACAAAAGCCGCUGCACAUUUCGCUUUGUACAGAGCGCUGUCGCCAGUUUUAUUUCUUUUAUUUCGUCGCUCGUCUUUUAGUUUAAACCAAAUCAAUUUGAUGGGCUCGUUGCUAAAACUGCUCGCCAGAUGGGAUACGUUGUUACUCCAUAUACCUUUUUUUUUUAUUUCCUUUUUACAAAAAAUGAUCGACAUUUGAUGCCAAUAAAAUGUUUGCUGUUCUUGUAAGGAUUUUUUUGCUUUUUCAAUCCUUUCAGAACCAAACAGCAAACAAACAAAAAUAAUCAUGAUGCAGCUGCGAUUUCCUUGCAUUUGUUUUCGCAACCAAUGGACGCAUUUUAGGUCGCGCACAUCAUUAACUAUCCACACAGGAAAUGGUCGUACAGGAUCCUGUAAACAAGAAAGAAAAAUAUUACGUAAGAACAAUUUAUUGUAAUAGUGUGUGGUUUCAGUGUGUUUGGGGGCAUAUUUUUCAUAACCAAAUUUGGAUUUUCGGGAAAUGAUCGCGGCGCGAUCCAGUAUACCAGGGUUGUCCAAUGUCCAUCAUUUCAACUUUGUCCCCUUUUUUUUCUGGUGUUGCAUUGAUUCGACUUUUUUAUGUCCUUGUCGCUGACUUUUUUUGUUUUCUUCAUCCUCUGUUCAUUCAUGGUAAUACAAAAUAGAUAUCGUUGCCCAACGUA